AGGAUCAUGGGGGACUCGUCCAACGCAGCGCCAGGAAUUUCAGGUGGCUCAUCCUGGAAUGCAGAUGGUCCUGGAGGCAGCGGCGGUGGAAGUGCACAGCAGCGUGGUGUAUAUUGGAAACGAAAUGACAGCAUGCGACUUGUACACUUGCUCAUCGAUCCGGAGCUUAAGCCUGCCUUUAUCAGCAUGGAAUCGCAGUCCAAUCCUCACCGCUCUUCAAUGGAGUCGAAUGUGCUGAGCUACAAACAGUUUUGGGCAAUGGCUGCACAGAAGUUUAACGACGAGGAUUGGCAGCCUCCACACUUGUUUCCCAAUGAUCCACAUCUUGCAAGGUGCAGGGCUUUUACGCCUUCGAAGAAAAGCAAGGAGGUCGAUCCAAAUUACUUGCGGGAAAAGUACAAGGCACUUCGUCGCCAGUUCAACAACAGCGUAAAGCGUUGGGAAGAAGGUGGACACAGCAAAAUUGAGAACUUCUGGAAAUGCUCUGGUAUGGCUCCUGGAACCAGCGAUGAGGGUUGCUGGUACAUGUUUCUGGUCCUGUGGGUUGGAAAGCACGAGGACGUUCUUGCGGUUGUUCUGGACAAGCACAUGGACCAUUCUCCUCACCCUCAGUCUCUUGGAAUGUUCUCGUCGGCAAAGUUUGAUCUGAGGGAGAGGGUUGGCAAGCGGCAAAGAUCCUUCGGCUUUUACGAAGAUUUUCAUGAUUAUGCUCCUGAGCUCCAGAUGGAGAUGAAGAUGGAAUCUAUUUUCAAACAGCAGGCUGAGGCUCUCAAAUUCAUCAGCAUGUGCUUCGCGAAUUUGAACGAAGCGAUGGAGGAUGAUCAACGUGCUUUCUGGCGAAAUCAACUGUCCGUAGCUCAAGCACAGCUCAACACCAUCCAAAACAAGCUUCCACAGCCUUCUCCACCCCCUCCUCCCAACGCUGGUGAAACCCAGGAUUUGGUUGGUAUCUAG